AUGGCGACGGGUAUUGCACUCAUUGGAAGCGGCAUCUUUGCGAAGGAAGAACAUCUCCCGGCAAUCCAAGGAACACCCCUCCUCGCCCUAAAAGCCAUAUACUCGCGCUCUCUUGCCUCUGCAAUGGGCUUGUCCGAGGGACUUGACGGCGUCGAUCUCUAUAGCGAGGAUAGCGAAGAAAAAAAUUUCGAUGAGCUACUUAAAAGAAACGACAUUAAAGGUGUUGUCAUUGCCCUACCUAUUUUGAUUCAACCAGAGUUCAUAAAAAAGGCAUUAUCCGCAGGCAAGCACGUGCUUGCUGAAAAGCCUAUUGCCAAAGACGUCGCUACUGCUACGGAAUUGAUCAGCUGGUACAAUUCAACCAUCACGCAAACACCGCGUCCGACUUUUACAGUCGCAGAGAAUUUCCGCUUCCUCGAGAGCUACACCUUCGCGUCGCAGCAAAUUGCAACAAUUGGUCGCGUCCUCGGCUUCCGCACACGUGUCUCCUCUAUGGUUCAACCAGGGGGGAAAUACUUCGAAACUGCUUGGCGUAAGACGCCUGAGUACCAAGGAGGGUUUCUCCUUGAUGGGGGUGUGCAUUUCAUAGCCGCUACUAGGUUGAUGUUGGGAGAGGACCAUCGGCCUGUGAAAGCUAGUGCCUUCACUGCUCAGCUCCAACCACACCUUCCACCCGUGGAUACCCUUAACGCCACGCUUCUACUAAAGUCCGGUGCCUCGGGGACGCUUUCACUAUCCUUCGGUACUACGUUUACGGGCUCCGAAUAUGCUGUCGCUUGCGAGAAAGGGACGGUCUAUGUAUCAAGAGGGAAAGUCAUAGUGACCAAAGAUGGGAAAGAGGAAGUGAAGGAAUUUCUAGAAGAGGGAAAUGGAGUCAAGCAGGAGAUUAAGGGGUGGGCAGAAGCACUGGGCACGGGAGGUAUGGAUCAGAGGCAAGCACCUGAGGAGGCGUUGGCAGAUCUGAAACUAUUGGAGGCAUGUUUAAGGAGUGGAGAGUACGGAGGCAUGCCGAUGGAGAUUUGA